AAGAGCUAAAAGAGUGAGCUCCUUUCUCACCGAACCUACAGAGGCUUCUCAAGCAGGUGUCUCUUUUCCUGUUUAAGUCGUGCUUCUCAACGCUUUCUUAACUUUGAUCACCAGCUCCGACUCAGACCAAAGAGACAGCAAAGAUCAUGACGCCAGAGGAUGUUGAGAUGAUGGGAGACCAAGUUCCUGAGGAGGAAAUGCUGUCUGAGGACAAAGUCUUUGAUGAUGGAGCAGACUACAGAACUAUAAUAAAGGAAAAGUUUUAUAUUACAUGGGAUAAGAGCUCUUAUUUUGGCCAAUCUGCAAUUUUAAAUCAUGGAAUUACUCAUAAAGACCAAAAGCUGUUGACACGUAUGUUUGAGGAUAUCAAAAUUUACACGUUCACACAAACAGUAAUCCUUCAGGGAGCUGCUGGAAUUGGGAAGACAACGUUGUUGAGAAAGGCAAUGUUAGAAUGGGCAGAUGGCAAUAUCUGCCAGCAGUAUAGUUAUGUUUUUUAUCUCAAUGGGAAAGAAGUUAGCCAAUCAAAGGAGAAAAGCUUUGUUGAGUUAAUAUCCAACAACUGGCCUAGCUCUGAAGGCCCCAUUGAAGAGAUUCUGUCUGAGCCCAGAAAUCUCCUUUUUAUGAUUGAUAGUUUUGAUGAGCUGGACUUCUCCUUUGAAGAGCCAGAGUUUGCACUAUGUUCAGAUUGGAACCAGAAGCACCCAGUGUCCUUUCUUAUUAGCAGUUUGCUGAGGAAAGUGAUGCUUCCUGAGUCAUUCUUAGUAGUAACAACAAGAUCCACAGCUUGGAAGAGACUGAUGCCUUUGUUGCAUAACCCUCGUUGUGUAAACCUGCCAGGACUGUCUAAGAUUUCAAGAAUGGAUUACAUUCACCAUUUGUUGAAAGAUAAGACAUGGGCUAUGGAUGCGAUCUGUUCAAUAAGAAAAAAUGAGAGGCUUUUCAACAUGUGCCAUGUCUACCACAUGUGUCAGGUGAUCUGUACUUGUCUGAAGGAGCAAAUGGAGAAAGGUGGUAAUAUUGCAGACAUCUGCCAGACCACAACAGCUCUGUUUACAUACUAUAUCUGCAGCUUAUUUUCACAGGUGGAUGAGAGCUGUAUUACUCUGCCCAAUGAAACACUACUGAGGAGCCUGUGCCAGGCAGCUGCUGAAGGCAUUUGGUCUAUGAAAUACAUACUCUACAAGAAAAAUCUUAGAAAGAAUGAGUUAACUAGAGAUGACCUCUCAGUUUUCCUGAAUGUAAAUGUGCUUCAGGAGGACAAAGAGUAUGAAAAUUGCUAUGCUUUCACUCACUUCCAUGUUCAGGAGUUUUUUGCGGCUUUGUUCUACUUGUUAAUACAGAAUCCAGAAAAAAGGGACUAUCCCAGAAAAUCUUUUGAAGACUUGUAUUCAUUGCUUGAAAGCAAUAGUUUUCACAACCCUCAUUUGGAGCAGAUGAAAUGCUUUAUGUUUGGUCUACUGAAUAAAGACCGAGUACGACAACUGGAGGAAACUUUCAAAUUUACAAUAUCCAUGGACAUCAAAGUGGAGUUACUUAUGUGUUUGGAAACACUAGAAAAAGAUGACAUCAAUCCGUCACCGCUGACACUUCCAGACUUGCUUCCCUGUCUAUAUGAGACUCAAGAUAGAGACUUCAUAACUCGUGCACUGAACUAUUUCACAAGGAUUGAUGUGAGGGUUGAGGAAGAAACUCAGUUACUUAUAUAUUCAUUCUGCCUUAAGUACUGCUACUCUCUGGAAACUAUUAAACUGACUGCAGUGGCAGAGUUAAGAAAUCUUUUGGACUUAAACCCCACAGCUGAAACUUGCCUCAAGGAUACUGUUGCUCGAAUCAUGAAAUACUGGCAAGAUCUGUUUUCUGUGCUUCAUAAAAAUGAAUGCCUGAGAGAAAUGGAUCUGUAUGAAAGCAGACUUGAUGAAUCAUUGAUGAAGAUUUUAAAUGAAGAAUUAAGUCACACAAGAUGUAAACUACAAAAACUACUGUUAGGAUCUGUCUGCUUCUUGAAUAGCUGUCAGGAUUUUCGCUUUUUAACUAACUGCCAUACCCUGACACAUCUCGACCUGAAAGAUGCCAACUUAGAAGACAAUGGGUUAAGGAGCUUAUGUGAAGCCUUGCAAUCCCAAAAAUGUAAAUUACGGGUGCUGAGGUUGGAAUCCUGUGCCCUGAAUGCAAUCCAUUGCAUAAAACUAUCAGAUGCCCUCAACAGGAGUAGGAGCUUGGUAUUUCUCAAUCUGUCUACCAACAAUCUGACAGAUAACGGGGGACAGUCACUGUGUAAGAUCAUUGAAAACCCCAACUGUCGCCUAGAGAGACUGUCUUUAGCAAGCUGUGGCCUCACAGAAGCUGUGUGUGAGGUUCUUUCCUUGGCUCUCACCAAAAGCAAGAGACUGACACAUUUAUGCUUGGCAAACAACUUCUUGAAAGAUGAGGGCAUAAAGUUGCUCAGCGAUGCCUUGAAACAUCCACAGUGCACUCUGCAGAGCCUUGUGUUGAGGGGUUGCGAUUUCUCUCAGGUUGGUAGUGAGUUUCUCUUCACUGCUCUUAAAAAAAACAGGAGUUUGAUACAUCUGGACCUCGGAUCAAACAGGGUUCAGGACAGUGGAAUAAAGUUUCUGUGUCGUGCUCUUCAGGAUCCAACCUGCACUCUUCAGGAACUCGAGUUGAUGGGCUGUGUUCUCACGAGUGAGGGUUGUCUGGAUCUGGCUUCUGUUAUUGUGAACAACCCAAACCUGUGGAGCCUAGACCUUGCGAACAACAACUUAAUGGAUGCUGGCCUGCAUAUUCUGUGUGAAGCUUUAAAAAAUCCAAAGUGCCGUAUUCAAAGGCUCGGAUUGGAAAAUUGUGGUUUCAGCCCUGUUUGCUGUAAGGAUCUCUUAAGUCUUUUUUAUCAAAACCAAAGUUUGGUACAAAUAAACUUAAUGAAGAAUGCACUCAGUUAUGACACAAUUAGAGAGCUAUGUAAAGUCUUGAAGUCUUCAAGAUGCAAAAUUAAGUUUUUAGCGUUGAACAAAAAGGACAUUUGCAAUAAGAAAAUCAAGAAACUUCUGAAUGAUUUAAGAAUGAACGAUUCAAAACUGGUGAUUGAGUCAUACUAUUGUAAUACAGAAAGUGGGUCCUGGUGGCAGUAUUUCUGAAGAACCUUUAUGUGCCUUUAAAAAUUAAAAAACAAAACAAAACAAAACCAUAACUCCAAGUGGUCUUUCACAUGUAAAAAAUACUGGUCUAUAUCCAGGGAUACUAAAUUACAUUUCCAUUAGGGAUGGGUUACACACUUCUCUGUAAAAUGUUUGUUGUGUUUCACACAGGGGUUUGAGUAAAUAAAGCAAAACCAACAAAA